AUGAAUUUAGAUUGGGAUACAAUUCUUUCCUACAAUACUGUUAAAAUUGUAAGAAUUAGAGAUAGAAGAUUAGGUUUACUUCAUUUACUUUUUAUGGUAUUUAUUGUUUCAUAUGUUGUAGUUUAUCAAGCAAUUUAUAAAAAAGGAUAUUUAUUAUCCGAAGUCCCAGUAUGCUCCAUCAGAACAACAUUAAUGGCUCCAAAAGAAAUUGAUACAGAACGUCCUUACUGCAAAUCUAAUAAUAAUACCUAUGCUUACUCUAAACUAGAAUGUGAGUAUUGGGAUGAUCCAUUGGUAUUAUUUCCACCAGGUGACGAUGUUAGUUUUACAGCUUCAACUAGAGUUAAAAUAACAAAUCAAACAACUGAUGGUUGUUCUUUCAAAGACCCAAGAUGUAAAUAUAAGGAUGUUUCCGAAGAAAGUAUUUAUGUUGCUGAUAUCGAAAAAUAUACUGUAAUGAUUGAUCACACUAUGUUUUCACCACAAUCCCAAAUUCAAUACAAUGCUCGUGACUUAUCAGGCUACAUUCUUGAUAGAGAUGGAAAUGAAAUUCAAAUAAAUGAUACAAACAAUAGAGUUGGUGUUAAAGGUCAAUAUGAUGUUCUUGAAAUCGGCAAACUUUUAGAGCUUGGAGGUAUUGAUUUAGAUGCAGAAUCACCAGAUAAAGGAGAUCCAAAUAGAUAUACUGGUAUUAUUGCAUUAGUAUUUAUUAAAUAUUCAAAUACAUUUUCAUAUAGUACUGGCAAUUUCAAAUAUACAUAUUCAAUUAGACAAGUAAAUGACACCAUUUACAAUGUAAAAGAUCCUAUUUAUUUUGAUAGUUUAGGCAGUAGAAUGGUUUUAAAAAGAUAUGGCAUUAGAUUACUUUUUGUUCAAGAUGGUGCUAUUGGUUCAUUCAAUUUCCAAUCUUUAUUAUUAACUAUGGUAUCAGGUCUUGGUCUUUUAACAGUUGCAACAUUAGUUGUUGAUCAAUUAGCAGUUAGAAUUUUACCACAAAGAAAGAGUUACUCAUCCGUUAAAUUCCAAGUAACUGAAUCUAUGUCAAAGAAAAAGAAAAUUAUUGAUGAUUCAGGUGAAGAAUUAUUAUAUACAAAGAUUGAAGGUUUAUAA